GCUUAUGGAUCAAUCAUGGCGGACGGGUUGACGAACGUUUCAGGGAACGAAAUGUGUGAAGGAGACUCAGGGCAACUUCCGGCAUCAAAGCUUGGAACCAAAGAAUUCUGGGAUGAAGCCUACUCUACAGAAUUGGGUAAUUUUCAUGAUACUGGUGAUGUUGGAGAAGUCUGGUUUGGGGAAAGCAGCAUGAACAGAAUAAUAAAAUGGAUCAAAAAUUGUCCAGACAUAAGAAAGAUAUCACUGUUUUUAGACUUAGGAUGUGGAAAUGGCAUUCUUCUUGUGAAUCUUGCUCAGUGUGGCUACACAAACUUAAUUGGUGUGGAUUAUUCAGAGGGAGCAAUCAACUUAGCCAGAUCCAUUGCAGUAGCAGAACAAGUCAGCAUUAGAUUUCAGGUCUGUGACAUUUUAAGCACAUCAGAGAUUAGUGCCCUGUGCACUGACAGGAAAUUUGAUGUGUGUCUAGACAAAGGAACUUAUGAUGCAAUCAGUCUCAAUCCAGAAGAUACCAAGGGCUGCCGGGUAAAGUACAUCGACAAUGUGUUUAGUCUGCUUGCAGCUGGUGGACGCUUCAUCAUCUGCUCCUGUAAUUGGACAAAGACUGAACUACUUGUGCAGUUUAAAGACAAAUUUGAAUUUUUAGAAGAUCUUCCUGCACCCUCCUUGUCAUUUGGCGGUCAGACAGGAAACACAGUCACAACUCUGGUGUUUACAGCGAGAAACACGUGACAAUAAUGGCUGUCCUACUAAAACUUGUAACCACCAACACAUGGUACACAGUAUAAAGUGUACUUCAAAACAAAGCUAUUCCAAGGGACACGAUUUGUUGAUUCCUUGUAUUACUGAACUGAAGGAGGUCUGGUAACGUGUUCGGUCGAACCUGAUGAUUUCACAAAGAGCCAACCUGGCUGGCCUGUAGUUACCAGUACCUUUCAUACAAUUUAGGAGCACAGGACUGAAAACUAGGAUUAUUUUGAUCACGUGAGAAGGAGACCUAAAGAACUGAAAAACAAUUGAAAAAGACUCUGGACAUGAAUUUUGUUAUCGCCAUGAAAUCGGAAACAGGAGAAUAGUUGUGUUUGGUCAAAGAAAAGCUCCCGGACGUAAUUACCUAUUGAACUUCGUUUUAUUUUUGUGAAAAAGAACUUUGGGAAUAAGUUAUUCGCAACCGUUAAGUUGGCUUUGAAAUUCAAAAUAUGAAAAAGAAACUAUAAUAGCUGUAAGAGGUAAUUUGAGUCAUCUCCAGAAUAUAGGGAAAUCCUUACGUUAACUACACAACUGCACUGUUAAUAACGGAAAAUAAAUAUGAAAUUACCAUAA